GGAUUCGGUGAAGUGAAGCGACAAUCAAUGGCUGGUAAUCAUUAUUCGGUAAAUUGGGACCUUCUGCGACUGGCUGUAUUUGGUAAAAAUGCGAUCAAUGGAAACAAGUUAUCCGGCAAUUUGGCGAUACAUGUUGUUGGCCCGUACAUCACCUUUUAUUUGAUCAAACUACAUGCUGAUGGAUUGUACAUCAUGACUGAAUUGGCCCGCCUUCAAUGCCCAAUGUCUGUUAUGGAAGUGCCUGCUUACCUCACAAACUUUAGUCGGUUAGAAAAUGUCGUACAUACCUUUGAAAAUUUGUGCAAGCCUGACAACAACAAUGAUGAUAUCUCUUCUUGGCGCCGUGAUUCUCUGACUUCAACUGAUGUUAUGGUUGUAUUGGAUAAAAAGAAGGAUAGGAAACGAAAAAACAUCACUAGACACUAUGCUUUGAAAUAA